AUGGACUUGCAGCACCGACAACCGAGACACCGUCCGUCACCGUCAUCUGACCGCCCUGCAGAGUUACAUAAUCGGCUCUCUCAAAUGUUAUUGGAACCACAGCAGCAGCACGGUGGAGUGGACGAAGGAGGCAACGAGCGGCAUCGUCGCCAUGGGAGGCACCAUCAUGACGAGCACAUGAGUGACGGCGGUGGUGGUGGUGACGAGCAGCAGCAGCAACAGCAACAGCAACAAAUGCUGUUACUACACCAACACCAUCUGAACCAGCAACACUUACAACAUCAACAACAUCACCCGCACCAGCAAGGUCAUCAGCCGCAGUUGCUUCAACAGAUGCCACAACACCAACAGCAGCAGCAGCAGCACCAGCACCAGGGCAAUGAACUGCAACAGCACCAACAAAUGCAGCAACAACGCCAACAUGAACAGUUGGACGGCCAUCAUCAUCAACAUCACCAACUACAUCACGACCAACAGUUGCACGAUCUCCACCACCAAAACCUACAACACCAGCAAAACCUACAACAGCACCAGCAAAGCCUCCAACAACAGCAGCAGCAGCAACAGCAGUACGGAGAGGUAAACCAGCUUGGUGGAGUGUUCGUCAACGGAAGGCCGUUACCUAACGCGGUUCGCGUGCGCAUCGUCGAACUGGCCCGUGUCGGCAUCCGGCCGUGUGAUAUCAGCCGUCAGCUGCGCGUAUCGCACGGGUGUGUGUCCAAGAUCCUUGCUCGAUACCACGAGACGGGAAGUGUGCUACCGGGGGCCAUCGGGGGCAGUAAGCCCCGAGUGACCACACCUAGGGUGGUGGCGUACAUCGGCCGGUUGAAGCGCAAGGACCCGGGCGUGUUCGCGUGGGAGAUUCGUGACCGACUGCUCGCCGACGGUGUGUGUGACAAGUUUAACGUGCCCAGCGUGUCAAGCAUCAGCCGGAUACUGCGCAACAAGAUCGGAUCGACGGGGCCUACCCAAAGUGCGGGUACUCAGCAGCCUGCGGCCGCCAUGACCGGUGGUGGUGGCUUGUCGCCGACGACCGCCGCAGCAGCGCACCACAUGUACGGACCGUACCAUCACCACCAUCAUCACCACCCGCCCACGUCACCGCCAGCCGUAGCCGCAGGCUAUCAGCUCCACCACCACCAACACAGCCAAUAUCACCACCAACACCACCAACUCUACCACAACCAUCCCUACCAACAGCACCAACACCUCUGUUCACCGCCACCUCCACCGCCUUCAUCGGGUCUACCCACCACCGUGCCGACAGGGACGGGUGGUCCAACGUGCUGUUCACCGACUGUACCGGCCACGGCGUCCAGGUCCUUGUCAUCGCCACCACCGGUGCCACCACCAGUGCCUCCACCGCCGCCACCACAACACUGUUGGCCGAGUCCACACGCCGUAACUGACAUACUCGCGGCAGCGGCCGCUGCUCAGCAACAGCACCAGCAUCACCAGCACUUGCACCCGUCGCACUCGCACCACCUACACCCGUCACAACACCACCCGAACAGUCAUUAUGGCGUCGGCGGUGGAAGCAGUGGUGGUGGCGGCAGUGACACUGCGGCCGCCACAACGGCCGCCGCCGCCGCCGCUGCAGCAGCAGCAGCUGCAGCCGCGGCGGCCAACUACGACACGACGACCGGCGGUAGCGCAGCAGCCGCUGCGGCCGCCGCGGCUUACAACACGUACUGCAGCAGUUACUACCAUCAUGCAAUGGUAUACGCGGCCACAGCGGCUGGUAGCAUCGCGGCCGCCGGCCGUCAUCCGUCACACCAUCUGAGCACGACGCCACCGUGCACUGCCGCGGCCGUGUGGCCCCACUCGAUAGCACCGCCGCCGCCACCGCUGCCACCGCCACAGUCGCCGACGCCGUCACCACCGGCAUCAGCGUCGGCGACGACCGCGUGA